GCCGCGCCGGCGGAGGCGGCGGAGGGAGCGGGAGGGUCGCUCGUGGCCGGCGGGCAGCGGCUUCGGGUUCGGCUGCGCUCCGGACCGGGCCGGUCGGGACCGCCCCGCCAUGGGGACGCCGGGCGCCGGACGCAAGCGGCUGCCGAACCGGGAGCGCCUGACGGCGGAGGAUGAUGCGCUCAACCAGAUCGCCCGCGAGGCUGAAGCCAGGCUCGCGGCGAAGCGAGCGGCGCGGGCGGAGGCGCGGGAGAUCCGGAUGAAAGAGCUGGAGAGGCAGCAGAAGGAGAUCUAUCAGGUGCAGAAGAAAUAUUAUGGGCUGGAUACUAAGUGGGGAGACAUCGAGCAAUGGAUGGAAGACAGUGAGCGUUAUUCCCGUAGAGCCCGAAGAAAUGCCUCGGCUUCGGAUGAAGAUGAGCGCAUGUCAGUGGGUAGCCGUGGAAGCCUGAGGUCUCAUUUGGAUUAUGCCAGCACCUACCCAGUGGCUGGAUUAGAGAGUGAGAGGACCAAAAAGAAGAGCUACUCCAAAGCAACCAAUGGUUAUGAGGAAGACCUGUAUGGAUCAUCCCAGAGUAGAAAAUCUAGCAGGGGUUCCUACUACUCUGACCUGGGUCUCCCCAGCAGCAGCUAUGCUUCCACAUCUCAACUUUCUUCCCAAAAUGGAAAUUGGGCGUCGGUGUACGAGGAGAGCGUUUACAGCGGGAGCCGGCGCUAUAGUGCCCCCAGUUCCCGUGCUCCCUCUGAGUACAGCUGCUACCUUGGGUCAGGAUCUCGGGCAUCCUCCAGAGCCAGCUCUGCUCGGGCCAGUCCAGUGAUUGAGGAAAGGCCAGAAAAAGACUUUGAGAAGGGAGCACGAACUGUCUCAAGUUUAUCAGCAGCUACCUUGGCUUCUCUGGGAGGGACUUCUUCACGGAGGGGCAGUGGGGACACGUCCAUCUCAGCUGACACAGAGGCCUCCAUCAGGGAAAUCAAGGACAUCUAUGAGUUAAAGGACCAGAUUCAGAAUGUAGAAGGCAAAUACAUGCAGGGGCUGAAAGAGCUGAAGGACUCUCUGGCUGAAGUUGAGGAGAAAUACAAGAAGGCUAUGGUGUCAAAUGCUCAGCUGGACAAUGAGAAAACCAAUUUCAUGUACCAGGUGGACACCCUGAAGGAUGCACUCUUAGAGUUAGAGGAACAGCUGGCAGAAUCCAGGAGGCAAUAUGAAGAGAAAAGUAAAGAAUUUGAGAGGGAGAAGCAUGCUCAUAGCAUAUUGCAGUUUCAGUUCAUGGAAAUCAAAGAGGCUUUGAAGCAGAGAGAAGAAAUGCUUGCAGAAAUCCAACAGCUGCAACAGAAACAGCAGAGCUAUGUCAGGGAAAUUUCUGAUCUUCAGGAGACAAUAGAGUGGAAAGACAAAAAAAUAGGGGCACUAGAGAGGCAGAAAGAUUUCUUUGAUUCCAUAAGGAGUGAGCGGGAUGACCUUAGAGACGAAGUGGUUGUGCUGAAGGAGCAACUGAAGAAACAUGGAAUAAUCCCAGACUCUGAUGUAGCCACCAACGGGGACACAUCAGACAUUCUGAAUAACGAAGGACACUUGGAUUCUUCCCGGACUGCCCCAGGCAGCACUCAGGCAUUAAAGACAGGAGGGGAGGGGAUGCUAGGCAAAGCCAAUGAAGUGGAGAUGAAAAAUGAGAUUUUGGAGGAUGUGGGGAAAAGAGAAAUCUUGCAGAAUACUGAGCAUGAGGAACACAAAGAGGAGUCUGAGGAGGAGGAAGUACAGACAUUGCAUGCUGCUGAAAAUGCAAAGGCAGAACAAAUGGUUGAAGAACGGGACGCCCUGCCAGCAGUGAUGUUACCAGAGAGUAGGUUUGCAGAGCAAGCCCAAAGCCUCACAGAACCUGUGUCAGAGAGCACUUCUUCAAAUGGUGACAGUGACACAGAGAGCUUGAGAAAGGGCACAGAGUCCAGGGGCACAGCAGCCCAGCAGCCUGAGAGUACAGAGGCUGAACACCAUGACUUGAGUGCAAGGACAAAUGAGAACCUGGAGCUGGGCUCUCUGCAAGGCCACCCAGGUUUUGAGAGUCCUCAGGAAAUGUUUUGUGACUCUGGUACAGAGCAGGAGCUGGGAGAAGCUGCACCCAGCCAGGAAGAACAAGAGGAUCUUGACACCAGCCAUGCCCUGAGUGAUGAUGAAAUGGAUGAAGGGUCUGACAGGACAAGUGAGAGCAGUGAGUUGGUUUCUAACCAGGCAGGGCUACCUGAGGGAGCAGUGGCAGGCUUGCUUAGGGAAGAGGGAAGUGUGGAGAGUUCCACUCCAGAGGAACCCCAGCACUCAGAAGAAAGUGCUGAAAACAAGGUUGCAAAUAUCUUGGAGGAAAAGUUUGUUGACUGCACAGAUGGAAGAAGUGAUAAAACAGCAGGUGACAGAGCUGAAGGAGAAGAUGAGGUUGGGAGCACAGUUCAGGGUCAGCCAAAGGAAACUGAGUCUGUGGGUUUGGAGGGGACAGAGCCACGUGAAAGGGAUGUCCCAGCAGAGCCACUUGGAAAGGAAGGUGGAGAACAUCAGGCAUUGAUCCAGCCAGCUUCUUCAGAGGACAGUGCUUCAGCAUCCCCAGAGGAACCAGGUACACAGGGUAAAUCUGAAGAUGAAACUGCUCCAGGUGAGAAGGAUGGACAGAAGGAAGGACUGGUGGAAGAGCUGGACAAGUGUUCAGGUUCUGCUGAAACAGGCGAGCAGGGUGUAGCAUCUGUGGAGGCAGGAGGCUCCAUUCCUGAGGGAAAGGGAAGUGAGCUGCAGCAGGCACAGCCAGGAACAGAGGUUGGGAGAGAGGUGAUCACUCAGGAAACCCAUUUAGACACGAGUCUUUUAGAUGAUGAAAUUGAGGAGUCAGAAUUGGAAACAGGGGAUGAGGCUGGGGAAGGACAGGAAAGUAGGAGAGAAUGGGUAGAAGAUCUGAAUCCAAAGGCAGAAGUUCAAACAAGUCAGGGUAGUGAAGAAACAGCAGGUGGUACAGAGGGAGAGAAAAAUGUUCCUUUAGAGGGUGCAGAAGUGCAGAAGGUGGUUAAACAAGUAGAAGUUGAAUCUAAAGAGGAGACAGGUGUAGGUGUUAGUGUAACUACUGAAAACAAAGCCAGUAAAGAAACACUGAAAGCAAAUGAGCAAGAGGUAGAGCUUGUAGACCACCCUGGUGGGGAAUUUGCUUCUGAGGAAGGUGCCAAUAAUGCCCUGGAACAGAAACUUGUGCAGGAUGAAAACAUUAGUGAACAAGUUAAACUGGAGGAAGGUGUAAAUCCUUCCCUGCCACAGAAAGCUGUGCAGGAUGAAAACAUUGGUGAACAAGUUAAAUUGGAGGAAGGUGCAAAUAAUUCCCUGGAAGAGAAACCUGUGCAGGAUGAAAACAUUGGUGAACAAGUUAAAUUGGAGGAAGGUGCAAAUAAUUCCCUGGCACAGAAACCUGUGCAGGAUGAAAACAUUGGUGAACAAGUUAAAUUGGAGGAAGGUGUAAAUACUUCCCUGCCACAGAAAGCUGUGCUGGAUGACAUUAGUGAAGAAGUGAAAUUGGAAGUAGGAGUAAAUAAUUCCCUGGCACAGAAGCCUGUGCAGGAUGACAGCAUUAGUGAACAAGAGAAAUUGGAAGUAGGAGUAAAUAAUUCCCUGGCACAGAAGCCUGUGCUGGAUGAAAACAUUAGUGAACAAACUAAACUGGAGGAAGGUGCAAAUAAUUCCCUGCCACAGAAACCUGUGCAGGAUGACAUUAGUGAACAAGAGAAAUUGGAGGACCAAGCAGAGGAAAGCCUGGAAGAUGAUGGUGAUGCAUUUGAUUUUGAUGAAGAGUCCAAUCAAAUACUAGAAUCUGAUGAGAAAUGUGAUGGAGUGAAAGCUGAUGCACAGGGAGAAGAGGGUGAUGGAGCAAAUGGUGCUGUUGGAAAAACUGCCCACACAGACAAAGCUGGAGAGGGAACAGACAAAAUGGAAACCAAAGAUGCCUUGACCAAAGGUGAAGUCCUGCAGGAUAAAAAAGAUGAGCCUGAAGAAACAGGGUGCUUGGAAGGGGAAGCAUUGGGGAAAGCUGAUGAGGAGGCUGAGGCUGAUGUGGAGGAAGAUGAAAUCAAAGUAUCAGACUCUAGUAAAGUGGGAAAAUUCCAGGACGGAGAUGUUUUGGAACAGGAUUUGGAAAGUGCUUUCAUUAGGAAGGCCGAAAGCAGGGAGGAUUUGCAGGCUGGUAAAAGGAGUAAGGGCAGAUCCAGAGAUGACUGUACAAUCUCCUGAGUUCAGAAUCUCCAACCUGCACAAGUUCCAUGCCCUGUGAGCAGUCCCAGGACACAAACAUGCACUUUGCACAAGACAUCAGACCUUGGAAUACUCUUAGAGCUUUGUCUUUGUAGGUAACUCAGCAUAAAGCAAGGAUGUGGUAAUGCUGCAAGUUUUAAGUUAUUCACUGUUGUACCCAACCACAAGAAAUUGUGAGUGGGUUUGCUUUUGCUGUGUCUCAGGUUGAAAGCUUAUCACCUGAUGAGGAAGCUUCACCACUUGACUAUUCAAACUAUUAUGCAAUUAAAGUACCUCUAGUGUGGAUAGCUGCUCCUGGGGAAUUUCUAUAGGAAUUUUUUUUUAUUCUAGUCUAGUUGAUCAAUAUCUUGAAUGUACAUUGGGCCUUGGUGAACUUAUGCACAUGAUGCUUACUUGUACUUAGAUCUACAGCAAGUACAUGAACUCUUCAUGAAGGAACUCAGCAGAUCAGCCACACUGAUGGUGAAACUUCUUUCAGAAUGCUUAAAGCCUAUGAACCAAUCUCUUAUUUUUUUUAAUAUGAAGAAAAAAGAUCUUUUCAUUCCACCUUGUUUGUAUUUCUUGUAUGGUUCACAUUCCAAAAUGUAGUUAGAUCACUGUGAAUCUGCUUAGUCUGAGCACUUUGGAAGAGCAAUACACAGUUUGGAGAAAGUGCAACAUGCAGGUCUUAGUUUGCUGAAAGGAAUAAAUAUCUACAUGUUUACUUCAUUUAGGCACUUUGCACCACAAUAGGCCUUUUACACCAUGUCUCACAUGGGGUUUUUAUUUUUUUCCAGAGAAAGUGUCAAUACACACUGUAUUGUGUGCUUAGGUUUGCUAUCAAGUACUGUCUAGAUAUGAAUAUAUAAAAUAUCUAUUUUUCCAAGAUUUUUGUUUAAAAUUGCAUUUGCUUACUGCAUCAUAUUUUUUUUUUUUUUUUUUUUUGCAAACUCUGAUUCUGAAAGAAUGUUUUUAUCUCUGAAACAAAUCUUAUCUCUUUCCUUCUGGAAAGAAGAUAACUUUGCAUGUCUUAACUCUUGCUGGUUAUCAGACCAAAGAUGACUGUUGUUUUGUGUACUAGCCCCCCCGUGCCUUUUGGAAAAGCUGGAUUGCUUUGAAUUGCUGGCAUAAGUCAGGCUCUUGGACUCCCUUGCUGUAUUUCCUCUUGCAUCUCUGCUAGUGCCUGGGAGGAAGAGCAUGUUUUGCAUAUAUAAAUAUUCAUUUAAGUGUUAAGCAAUGAAUGUCCCAAGGGAAUGUAGAUCGAGGAGGGGUGGGCUGUGGAAGGCUGUAUUUGUGUUGAUGUUACAAACUUGUCAGAGCACAGACUGCAAAAUUUGAAGAUGUAUAUCAAAAUGUACUGCUGUAUAUAAUUUAAAUAAACAUAUUUUAUACCUUAAA